UCUCUGUCACACGCUUGUCCUGCGCCGCGCGCCCGCGUGCUCUCCGCCCCCGCCGAGGAUGGAGGCUGCCGCAGCCGGAUUCGCAACCGGCGCGCGGGGCGCAGCCGCGGCCCGUACCUUCGGGCUCGACCUCCAGGCGGCGGCCGGAGGCGUGCGACGACCCCGCCGGGCCAUCCCCAUGCCCGCAGCGGGCCCCCGCGGCGGCCACCCCUCCUUCGCCACGGCGCCGUCGACCCUCUACGCGGCGUACGGAGCGGAGCCUCGUCGGCCGCCACGGCUGGAGCUCGGCCGCGUCGUGACGGAGUUUGAUUCGGCUCUGACGAUCGAUUCGCACCUGGUGGCAGUACCCGUGACCCGUCCCUCUCCCAUGGCCCCGGCGAGACCACGCCACGAGCACCUUGGCUGCGGCCGCCCGGUGUCCCUGCUCCCGCUCCGAGGAGCUCGUCGCACUCACUCCUCUCGCCGUUCAGCAGCGGCCGUGGGACUCGGAGGUGAGCCCCGCUGGCAGAUAGCGGCGGCUGCGGUGGGACGACGCGGCCGAUCCGGUGGCUUUGGCAACCCCUAUGCUGGCGUGCCUCCCCAAGGCCGGCGCGUGUAUGCUCAGGGAGUCUGACAGGAAUGGGCACAAGGAACCAAGAACAGUGGAUGAGUUGAUGGAAGCAUACCCACGAUGCACCUCCUUCUUCAAGUUGGUCACCGUAGUGCUGUGUCUCGGGCUGUGCUUCUUGUCCGCAAAGGGUGAUCCAAGGGCAGCCUUGAUGGUCACGACAUCGAAGGAUGCAGCCGAGGUCUACAAGUUCCUUUCUGACGUUCUACUUAUCUUGAAGAAGCUGUUCUUUCCAUGAUCUAGAUCGAAGAGGUGAUGGGUUACAUUGUGAUUUCCUUGGAACCUGAAGAAAGGCGCUACAAGGGUCAGAUACAGAUAUCAGAUAGAGCAUCGAAGAUACUGGAGACUUCAACUGUUGUGCCGUACCUAAAGUGGCCGGCCAAAUCUGAUAACAUAGGAACAAUGCCCUAAGUGUUUUGAGCUGUUAUUUUUUCUACUCCGCAUAUAUCCAUCGUCUGCACAAUUUGCACCCCCCAACACACGCACAGAAUUAUUGGGUAUCAGUAUUACCAAAUUGUCACUGUGUUCGCUCAGUUCGGCGACGUGGGGUACCUGCGUAUCCCGGGAGUGGCAGUAUGAACUGCCAGCUGUAAUUUCUGUUUAUAUAAUGGGCGA